GUGGAGUCAUGACAAACAUCUGGUGAUCCGGUCUCCUGUCGCGUUUUACCCUACAGAGCAGCCCAACCUGCGGGGAUUCGUAGUCUCCGGACCGGACCCUAUGCCGCAAGGUUUCGGUGAACCAUACAUUUCCGACCACUACUGCAGUGAUACGUGUUAAGAGUACGUACACCGAUCACUACCAAACCUGGGUUACCUUUGCUGUACGCCAUGGACUGGAGCUGAAUGGCACUGUGAAUACAGAUCUGAAUGGGAGGGAGGCUUCGCGCUGCGUGCCAUAUGAAGACAUGAAUAAGGACGGGUGAAGUCAUCGCCUGCGCUUCUCGCCCACCAAACACUGCCAAUGCAGUGAUCGAUAUGCUUUCGGCUGCAGAGGCCUAGUUCUUCCAAUCGUAUGUUAAGAACUAGGUCAUGGAACGUAAGACAUUUCUGUGAUAUACCUAUGCUCUCCAGAGAGAGGUGAGAGGAGGUAGCUCGGAAGCAAUUUAUCCAAAUUACCUUACCGUCUGAUCAAUGCGUGUUGUGCCUGUUAAACUGCAUAGCUUUGAUGACAUCUGUGUAGAAUAUAUGACAGCGAGCGAAUUUAUUCAAAUGUUCUGUCAAUAGAUAUUAUUUGUCGUUUGCACACGUGAGAUGCAGAUGCAACGCUGGCUGUCACGCGGACCGUGCAGGCUUCCAGAAAUCAACGUGGGUUGAAUUCUAGACAAAAUGUGUUCAUUUUGGAAAUUCAACAAAGUGCGUAAUAAAACACCAUGAAAUACAGACUUUUGUAAUAAUCUGGACUGUGUUCUAAUUUAUGGUGCAGCAGUUUGUUGACGUUUCAAAGGAAUGGAUAAGUUUCUGCAAAUCGCCCCGCAUUCGCUGGCCAUAGUGCUCUCGCGGGUCGGCGCAGAGGGCACGCCAGCAGUCACCGAAAAGCUCCAGCAUCACCAUACCGGCUAUGAGAUAUUUGCGGACUUCAAAGCCGAGAAUAUGCAGCACUUCUGGAACAAGAAAGUCACCGACGCCAUAUCGGAGACGUUCUUCCUUGGCUGGAUAGACGAGCAUGUUCUGCUCAUUCAGGGGAAGGAAGAUCACCUGGAGGUGCUGCGGGAGGGAUGGACCCGAAGAGCGCUUAAACCACCCCGCGGGUUCGAGAUUAAAUGCAUAGGUGAUGUGUCUCCCAUCAGUAUGUCACCUAUCAGCCAGUCCCAGUUCAUCCCGCUGGGGGAGAUCCUGUGUCUGGCCGUCUCAGCCAUGAACUCGGCCCGCAAGCCCGUCACUCAGGAUGCGCUCAUGGAACAUCUCGCCACCUGCUUCCCAGGGGUGCCGACGCCUAGCCCGGAGAUUUUGCGACAUACUCUCAACAUGUUGGUGCGGGAGAGGAAGAUCUAUCCCACACCGGAAGGCUACUUCAUCGUCACACCGCAGACCUACUUCAUCACGCCCUCCCUCAUCCGCACCAACAGCAAGUGGUACCACCUGGACGAGCGGUUACCUGAGCGGCAACAGCAGCAGCAGCAGCAGCAGCAUCAGCAGCAGCAGCAGCAACAGCAGCAACAACAACAACAGCAACAACAGCAACAACAACAACAACAACAACAACAACAGCAACAGCAGCAGCAGCAGCAGCAGCAGCAGCAGCAGCAGCAACUGCCUCCAGCACAGCAGUGCACAUCUCCGCAGUCUGGGACAAUCACACCAUCAACCUCGGGUUGCAUGCGAGAACGCGAGCGCCACCAGCCACAUCACAAGAGCCACUGCGAGCCCUACAACUCGUACCGGGACGACCUGCCGGGCCACCACACGUCCACGCUGCCGAGGAAGUCGUCCAAGGAGCCCAAGGGAGACCCGCCUUCCUAUCCCCAGCCCCCGCCCCCUCCUGCCCAAGCCCAGCACCUGCCUCCACCUGAGCCCACUGACAAGACCAAGAGCACAGCUGCUUUCUCCUACAAGACGGACACGCUUACCAAGAAGAAGGACGGCAGUGGCGGCGGAGGAGGCAGCAGUGAGAAGCAGUCCAAGAAGUUCGGGCUGAAGCUCUUCCGACUAAGCUUCAAAAAGGACAAGACCAAGCAUCUGGCCACCUUCUCGGCACAGUUCCCACCCGAGGAGUGGCCCCUGCGGGACGAGGACAUCCCCGCGGCUGCUUCCAUCCCCCGGGAGGUGGAGAUGGAGAUUAUCCGCCGCAUCAACCCCGACCUGACGGUGGAGAAUGUGGCGCGGCACACGGCCGUCAUGAAGCGCCUGGAGGAGGAGCGGGCACAGCGCAGCAAGGCGAGCUCAUCGGCCCAGCACAGCGCCCGCAGCCGGCGUAGCCGAGGGCACCGCCGCGUGCCCCACGGGAAAUCGCGCUCACACAGCAAGACGCGAGCCUCCCGCGGCGACCCUUCCGAGAGUUCCAACCUGGACCUGGUGGCGGCUGUGAACGCCGAGCGGGACUACCGCUUCUUCAGCCACUCGCUGGUGCGUUCGCCGCGUGAGGGCAUGUACACGGUGGAGCGCAGCCGUGGUGGGGGAGCCUACCUGGUGCACAGCAACCCAAACAUCGCAGAGUCCCACUUCCCCGUCACGCCUGAGUGGGAUGUGUCGGGGGAGCUGGCCAAGAGGCGGACUGAGAUGCCCUUCCCCGAGCCAUCGCGCGGCACCUCGCACUCCCGAGUGCACCGCAGCCACAGCCACACGCAGGACCGGAAGUCACGCAACGAGAGGCCAGAUAAGGCCAAGGAACGCUCGCGCUCUAUGGACAACUCGAAAGGGCCACUGGGAGGGGCUGCAUCCUCAUUGGGCACACCCGAGGACUAUGACCGCAGUCCUGAUGACCGGAGCCGCUACUACACUGAUGACGGCACAUUGCGAGCGUCGUCACAGCAGGGCCCGCACUACUCGCGCAUCAUGUUCUCAGCUGCCAAGUUCAGCUCCGAGGUGUGUGUGCCCGACGUGGGCAAAGGCGGCCUAGACGAGUCUCGUCUCUGCAGCCCCCUGGAAAGGAACAAGAGCCGGGACAGCCUGCCCGCCUACAGCGAGCUGAAAGCACUGUCACCCAAGCCUCUGACCGAUGACUACUUCCAGUGCAACACAUCCAAUGAGACGAUCCUGACCGCGCCAUCGCCCCUGAGCAAGGCCGACCAUGACACGUUGACCUCGUCGGACGGGAUCAGGAAAGGCUCGCCGGCCGACAGGCAGACACCACACCUCACCUCGCCCCACUCGCUGGAGUACAAGGAGGACUCCUCCUCCAAGGGACACGGUGGCUCAGGCAAGCCCACGCCCAGCCAGACCCCGGAGCCCUUGCCCAACGGACGUUUGAUACCGCACCAACAUAACACCGACCCCGGGGGUGGGGGAGGUGGUGGAGGAGGAGUCGGGGGCAGUGGAGGUAGUUCGGGGAGCCUGGGUAGUGUUCUGGUCGACAAACGGAAGGAGAUCUUCAGCAAGGACACUUUGUUCAAGCCCCCGCACAACGUGCUGAGUGUGGGCUAUUCGGAUGGCGGCGUCGGCUGCUACUCCAAGUCAGGCACGCUGCGAAAGGCACCCCACGCCAAGUCGGCUGAGGUGCUGGACAGCAUGGAGCCUCAGUCGCUGCAGUCGCUGCCCCCUAACUCUGCCCCCUCACCUGCCUCUGUGCCCGUGCCCCCAGGCUCGGACCAGACGGCGGUGCCCUCUGCCUCGGAAGCUGGCUUCGACUACUAUAACGUCUCAGACGACGAGGACGAGGACGAGACGGAGGAUCCCUCGCGCAAGGAGACGGGGUCCACGGAAGGGAAAGGGCGAGUCGAGAGCGGGCCGGUGGGUGGUACCGGGGGAGGCGGAGGGGUGUGCGGUCCAGGCGGGGGAGGCACCAUGCAGUGGCUGCUUGAGAGGGAGAAGGAGCGUGACCUGCAGAGGAAGUUUGAGACCAACCUGACUCUGCUCAGCCCCAAGGAGACGGACAACAGCAGCAGCCAGAAGUCCGCCCACUCGGCUCGGCUUGACAGCAUGGACAGCAGCAGCGUAACGGUCGACAGCGGAUUUAACUCUCCACGCACGCGUGAGAGCCUGGCCUCCAACACCUCAAGCAUAGUGGAGAGUAACCGGCGGCAGAACCCGGCCCUGAGCCCUGGCCACAUGGGCACCACCAGCAUCGGGCCUCCCUUCGGGUUCCGCAGCAUCCCUGAGCCGCCCACCACCCAGCCCGAGAAACUGCAGAAGUCCCCCAACUGCCUGGCCUCCAUAACCAGUGUCUGACAGCGACCUCCUCGGAGAGCGAGAGAGCAGAGGAGAGGAUUGAGAGGAGAAGGGGGAAGGCAUACGGGCUGGUGGGGGUGAGGGGCGGUAUGACGGACAUUGGUAUGGAGAGACAGGGGUGUACGAACACCCAGCGGUAACACUCCAACUACACUUGGGACUGUUAAACCCACAGGCAUGGCUUCCACUGACUGUUCCCACAGUACACUGCAAAAAAAAAAUAACAAAAAAGAAAACAAAAAAUACAAAUUAUGGAAAAAAAAAUAACAAAAAGAGGGGGAAAGAAAAUCACAUUUUAGAAAUUACCUUAGGUUAACAAACUAUCAAUCAGGAAAUUCUCCAGUCUGUAUUACCUAUUGUGGAAUUUUUCUUCUCUUACUCCAAGAUUGUUCUUUCUUGACAUAAGUUGACAACGCUUGUGAAGGAGAAGGUUGGCAGUCAAUAAUCUUACACGUUGUUAUUCUGAAAGUAUCACAAUGGUCUUUCUCCAACAUGGAAGAGAAAUCAUUUUGCUGGUAGAGUCCGCUCGUGCUGGUGUAAGGAUUGAAUGUUGAUGUGUUCCAUUGAAAGUGUUAAGGCAAUCUGGCUAUGGGAUUAUGACUCAAGGUUUACAAAAGUCAGAGAACCAAGGUAAUAUAUAUAUAUUCUUUCUCAUUUGACCAACUUAAAAAAAGACAUUAUUCACAGAGCUGUUGAAUUGCACAUCAGAAUAUAAAUGCAUUCCUUCAUAACAAUGUUAUCUCUCUAUUGCUAAAAAUAAAUAUUGGAUUCAUUUUCACAUCUUUACAAGAAAAAAGAAUAGAUUAAACUAGUAGAAAACACAAUCAUGUUAAACUCAUUUGACUUUACUUAAGGGAAAGCUGUGUAUUUUUUGUUGAAUUCCAAACUACUAAACACCUAUAGUGCACAAAAGUGCUUUGUAUGUGACAUUUACUGACAGAAUUUACCAGUUUUACCAUUAGAUUUAUAUCCAACAUUUAAUCUCAGGUCAUGAAUAGUUAAAAAGAUCAAACACAUGAACAAAACAAACCAACCUGGCAUCUUGGUGGCUGUUUGCAGUGAUUCAGUCCCAUGAACCCAGGGUUUGGUGGACGUCACUGUCGGUUUGGAAACAUGCUUGUCCAGUUGUGUUAGCUCCCGUGUCUCGGGUCUUCUUGUUUUGCCAUCUCAGAGAAAGAGAGAAAGCACGUUUGUCUUACGGCAGGUGGAUCGUGAUGGCGUAUAUUUCUUUUUUUAUUUUUGGGUGUGCGCAAGCACUGUUUGUUGAAAGUCGUAACAAUCUCCCCAAGGGGGUUUAUUCGAUGCUCUUCAGGAGGACCGGACCCCUAUUGCUGCUGUGCUGUUAUUAUUAUUAUUAUUAUUAUUAUUAUUAUUAUUAUUAUUAUUGCUAGGCCAGUUCAAUCCAAUCAAAUGAGCUGGCAUUUAAAAAUAGUAUUUGCACGGGAAUCUGGUGAUAUGGCACAUCUUUCUCCUUCCCUUUCUCCUUUCCAACUCUGAUUAACAUCCUUCAGUUACACAUUGUAGUUCAGUUAUGCAUAGGCAGGCUUGUGAGAAGGUUGGAUUUCAUGCUGUGUUCUGAAGAAUAUGUAUGCACAUGAAAGAAAGAUAUGGACUGCUUUGAUCAAACAAAAGGGGCAUGGUUUAGCCUUUCCACAUCAGAUCCAUUGUUUUCACCUACAAGCUCAUUAUUCACUUGGCCAGGUAGGGAGGAAGUACGAGAGGCGGAUUCAUUCAGAAAACCUCGUUGCAGUCCCCAGACCAUCUCAGUUGGUUGGUUUGUUUUAGCAAAGAGAGAUACAUUUAGGUCAGGUCAAAGAUGGCAGCACUCCCUGGCCCCCUGGCUUAACCCUUGACCCCUGGUUGGGGGGGUUAAACUGCAGUGGAAAGCUGUCUUUGGUGUGCCAUGUCUCUGUCAAGGCACAGAUAUUACAAGAUCAGUCAUAUUGGAUGUCAUACAGUCCUCAUUAUUACCUCAAAACAUUUCCCUUCAAGUGAAGAUAAGCCGCCUUAUCCUCUCCAUCUUGGCAGUGACCAAUCGGGAAAGGGAAAGUCAUUGUGAGUUCCAUGUGCUGGGCGUGGGGAGGACCUAGUGGAUUGGAAAUGACAGGAAGACAGCAGGCUCAUUCAGCAUCUCCUGGUGCUACCCUGUGGCUUCCCACUGUGUUGGCCUAGGGUUGCUUUCAUCAGUGGUCAAGUGGCAUCGGGCUAUGAGGAAACUGGAGAAACUGUCUCUGUGCGGGCUUUUAUAGGAUUUUCAUUUGGAGAAAAAAAAGAUG